ACGUAGGGUCGUUAGAAAAGGAUCUUCUCUUCUUCCUCCCUAUCGUCUCCCAAGAGAAAGAUCUUCACCUCGAGAGUUUUGCCCUAAGGAGGAACCCUGCUGGGCCAGGCUCACGUCAUCUUAGGAAAGGCUGAACUUGAGGCUUAGCCUUCAUGCCUGAAGGCGGGCUGGGACCAGAUCGGUGGCUCCGCUGCCUAUACAGACCAGAGCUGACCAAAGCCUGCCAGCUGACUCAGCUCGCCCACCCCACCCGGAUCCCAAAGGGGAGAGGCAGCCAGACGUGGGUAUAAAGCGGUGAACAACAGGCUCGCGCGCAGUCUCUCCAUUUUCCGUACGUGCGGUGCUCAACCAUCCGCGACAUGAGCAGUGCCCCCGCGCCGGGCCCCGCGCCUGCUUGCCUCACGCUCUGGGACGAAGAGGACUUCCAGGGUCGUCGCUGCCGACUGCUGAGCGACUGUGCCAACGUCUGUGAGCGAGGAGCCCUGCGCAGGGUGCGCUCAGUCAAGGUGGAAAACGGCGCAUGGGUGGCCUUCGAGUACCCUGACUUCCAGGGACAGCAGUUUAUUCUAGAGAAGGGAGACUAUCCUUGCUGGAAUGCGUGGAGCGGCAGCAGUGGCCACCACAGCAACCAAUUGCUGUCCUUCAGGCCAGUGCUCUGUGCGAACCACAGUGACAGCCGUGUGACACUCUUUGAGGGGGAAAACUUCCAGGGCUGCAAGUUUGAACUCAGUGAUGACUACCCAUCACUGCCUUCCAUGGGCUGGACCAGCAAAGAUGUGGGGUCCCUCAAAGUCAGCUCUGGAGCGUGGGUGGCCUACCAGUACCCAGGCUACCGAGGCUACCAGUAUGUCUUAGAAAGGGACCGGCACAGUGGGGAGUUUCGUACCUACAGCGACUUUGGCACACAGGCGCAUACUGGACAGCUGCAGUCCAUUCGAAGAGUCCAGCACUAGGCUCCG